AUGGAAGAGAUCAAGAAUGUUUUAGAAGAGAGCAACAGCUUCCUACAGAAGAUUAGGGACUUCCAGAUGAAAAAAAAAAAAGUUUUCCAGGAACAAGUUGGUAGCAUUCAGGAAAAGCUUGAAGAAUUCUGGAAGAAAAUGAAGGCUGUUAAGGAAAAGAUCAAGGUUCUUGAAGAAAGGAAUAAGGCUGGUCAGGAAGUGGUCAGGGCUUUCCUAAAACAGGAUCAAGAUAUCCAAGAAAAGAAUAAAGCUAUGUAUGAGAAGAACAAAAUCCUGCAGGGAACUAAUAAAGCUCUGCAGGGAAAGAACAAGGCUUUCUGGAAGGACUAUAUGACUUUCUGGAAGAAGGACAAGAUCUUCUGGGAGAAAGAGUCGGCCAUCUCAAGCAGCAAACUGAUUUUCUGGGAAGAAUCUAUAGCUUUCAGGGAGAACGACCGGAAGAUUCAAAAGGAAAAAGGAGCUCUGUGGGACGUAGUGGAAGCCCUAUGGGACGAGAAAUUUUCCCUCUUGAAAAAUGUAGUUCUAUGUUUUCUACAAGUUCUCUCUUCCAGGAGAGGAGAAACUACCUGA